CCCCCGACUCUGGUCCACAGACAACCUCUCAGAGAGUUACCAGGCAGAGUCUUUUGUUCUUUCUCUGUCUCUCUCUGCGUCUCUCGCUUUCCACUAUCCACGCCACCUUUCUCCGUCCUGUCCCUCUGUAGCCCUGGUCCCUCCUGGAGCCGUCAGGGCCCUGAUCAACCGUUAUACCCAGGAAAGUCUACCUCAGGAGCCGCAGCGGCCGUCUUCCAGGGAGAUCCAGACACCCAGGAGGCCCCCCAGGCUCUCAACCCAUCCCAGCCCAGGACCAGAGAGGUUACCAGUGGUAGUGCAGGCCAGGCCCCUGGAGCAGAACAGCAGUCACUGGUAAUACCAGCAGCAGAGUCUCCAUCAACAUUACACCAGACAGCAUCUCCUCAAUCAGCAGCCACUAUCCAGUCUACAUCAUCUGUCCUGUCUGCUGUAUUGGUCCAGUCCACGGUAACUACUCUGUCAAAAGAAACUGUCCAGUCGACCGUAAAUGUGAAGUCGACAGCAGCAGCGUCAGAGCGCCUGCCACCUGUCCUCUCCGGGUUACCCAGAACCCCUCUUCAGGAUACACAGCCCAGCCCCGUACCCUCUCAUCCACCCCAAUCAUCACCAUCGCAGUCCUUCACAGACGUUCUACCUGUAGCUCGUCCAAUAGCAGUGCCCUCAAUACAACCAGCUAGGCCUACAGGACCACUGGCCGCACCACCAACACAACCGCAACCGCCUACAGUUUUGGAGCAGUUGGGUGUUGCCACAGCAACAUCACUAACACCAUCGGUCAAGUCCGCUCCUUCUCCAACUAUGUUGACAGAACCUGCCGGCCCCCCUGAAAAGCAGGCGCCGUUGGUCACUGAUCAUGUGCAACGCUCCCCCACUGUGCCACGACUGAAGUCACCUGCUGUCCCAGAGAGGAUGUCUGAUGAAGCUCCUCCUCAGCUGUCAGACCCUGCUGUAACUACACCCUCUUGCCCCUUGCAAAUGUCUAAGACACAGCUUUUAGCUCAGUUGUCAGUAGUACCCCAAGUACGCGCCCUGCCGUGGUUGGAGGAAGAGGAGGAGGAAAAAGGGGGGGAGGAAGAUGAAGGGCAGGAAGAUGAGGGAGGGCUUUCUUCCCUCCCUGCCACGUCUACGGAAGCUGUGACAACCAGGUCUGUCGCUACGGAGACGACACCCGCCGGCGAGAAAAAGGAGGAGAUUGUUGUCCAGGUAGGUGGUGGCAGCAAGUCAAGUCAACGUGAAGCGCUCCUCUCUGGUCUCCGCCUCCGCUUAAGGCCCUGCCCCCAGAACAGUACUCCAUCUCCAGUGGUUGCUAAGAAACCCAGAGAAGAGAGAACCUCCCUCCGGUACCAUACCAGCUCCAACAGGCUCCACCGAAACGUCUCGCCAAAAUCCAGUGUGCAGACUGCGGUCGUGUCCUGAGCAGCACCGCUUCUUUAGAGAGUCAUGCCUCCCUCCACAUGGGGAAGCGCCCGUUCGUCUGCUCAGCCUGCGGCAAGGACUUCCCCAACCUCAAGGGCCUCAACCGCCAUGACCGCGUCCAUGGCGACCAGUGUCCGCAGUGCAGCAAGACCUUCGUCUACCGCUUCGGCCUGACUAAGCACGAGCAGAUGGUCCACAGCGGCGUGUGCCCGUUCGCCUGCCCGACCUCUGGCAAACGCUUCGCCAUUCGGCGCGACAUGGAGACGCAUGGAGACGCAUCUCUGUGUUCACACUGGAGAGAAACCGUUUGCCUGCUCCCUCUGUGUGAAGCGGUUCAAGAGGCGUGUGGAGCUGAAUGUUCACCUGAGGUGACACAACGGGGAGAAGAGACACUGGUGCUCGUACUGCGGGAAGGGCUUUCUGGAUUACAAUAAUCUGAAGAGGCACAAACUGGUCCACACUGGGGAGAAACCUUACACCUGCUCUGAGUGUGGCAAGCACUUCAAACAGACUGGCCAUCUGAAGAAACACCUGAAGACAAUACACAAAGACCGAUAGAGAGGACAGGGGACGAGCCUUUAAUGGCACCCUAUUCCCUAUAUCGUGCACUAUGCAGGCUCUGGUCAAAAGUAGUGCACGAUAUAAGAAUAGGGUGUAUAGAAGGGAGUUACUAGACAUUCUCCAUUUGUCAGUUCAAAACCCAGCCAUAUAGGUUUUAAUGGGAUAUUUUGUGUAGUUUGGUGAGGAAAAAAAUACAUUUAAUCCUUUUUUAAUUCAA